AGCAGUUGCAUGGGACGCUCGCUCCAACAAUAGAGCGGUACGUACCACUAUCUCUGGCAUUACUGGGGACAGUGCGCUGAAAAAAGACCCGGUGGUCGUUUUUUUAAGUGCAAACCCCCGUUUUAUUAGCCCAGUCAGUGCUAGCGGAUGGUGUUUUGUUUCGAAGUCGAUCUUCAUCCUAAUCGUACCUGGUUUUAUUCAUAUUUGAAGAUUUUUUCCCGGGAAUAUCCCUUCAGAAAAGUGCCAGGUUCUUCCACGCCGCCGCCUCUUGAGCAGGAGUGCAUUUAUUUAACUGAUCUACAGGAGACAGGACGAUCAUGGACUCGACCUGGGGAAACACAUGCUUAGAAACAGUGGACUGUUCUGCCCCUCAGUAGCGAUGGAGAGGAUAUAAAAAGACAAGACAUAUCAGGUAGUGGUGUGGCAGCAGAAGGAUGCCUCUGGUGAAGCGCACCAUUGAGCCCAGGCACCUGUGCCACACGGUGCUGCCCAGAAACAUCAAGAACGAGCUGGAGUGUGUGACCAACAUCUCCCUGGCCAACGUCAUUCGCCAGCUCAGCAGCCUCAGUAAAUAUGCAGAGGACCUGUUUGGAGAACUCUUUAACGAGGCCCACUCCUUCUCGUUCCGGGUCAACUCUCUGCAGGAACGUGUGGACCGCCUCUCUAUCAGCGUCACACAGCUGGACCCCAAAGAAGAAGAAUUGUCACUUCAGGACAUCACCAUGCGGAAGGCAUUUAGGAGCUCCACCAUUCAGGACCAGCAGCUGUUUGAGCGCACAUCACUGCCUGUACCGAUGCAGGAGACGUACGAGACGUGUGAGCAGCCCCCGCCCCUCCACAUCCUCACCCCCUAUAGGGACGAUGGUAAGGACAGUCUGAAGUUCUACACCAAUCCCUCGUACUUUUUCGACUUGUGGAGAGAGAAGAUGCUCCAGGACACAGAGGACAAGAGGAAAGAACGGCGAAAACAAAAGCAGGAUCUGCCUUAUCUCAUGUGUCCAAAUGGCUUUCUAUUUGACCCCCGUCCUGUCCCCUUCCUCUGCCCCCUGGAGUUGCAGGACCCCCGCAUGUAUGAUCAGGUCUAUAGGUACUUAGACCUUCCAGGGCAGCUGAAGGCCAUAGACCGCCCUCACGAGCCAGAGAAGGUGCCCCGAGCCCCACACGACCGAAAGAAGGAGUGGCAGAAGCUGGCCCUGGGCGCAGAACUGGCCCAGGACGUCCCGGACGACAAGCACCGAGAGGCCAACGGUUCUGCAGGUUACCACGACAACAGGGGGCAGGUGUACACGGAGCACAUGGACGGGACAUUCUCGUUGGCUGCGUUGCCCUACACCCAGAUGAACGAGCUGCUCAACAGAGGAGACCGAAUGUACUCAUCACGACCACACGAUGCCCCACCCCUUCCACCUCCCAUGCACUCGAUGGGAGACAUCAAGGCUCCCUCUGUUCUUAGCUCUGGUUCAGGUUUCUCGGACAGCCGACCUCAGUCUCCAGCUCGGACAGGAGGUCUCAACAACACUCCUCCCCCUCCUCCCCCACUGCCCCCUCCUCCCCCUCCACUGCCCUCUGCUGGUCUGCGGGGCACUCCUCCCCCCAUCCCUCCUCUGCCAGUGCAGCAGCAGCCUCCAGCCAUCCCACCUCCACCUGCACCUCUCCAGAUCGCUCCAGGGGUGCUGCAUCCUGCCCCUCCACCAGUUGCUCCACCUCUCCACUCAUCCCCAGCUCGUCUGCACCAGGGCAUGGACAAGACGGCUCUGGGACCUUUGGGUCCUUCAGAUGGUACUGUUCUACCCCCACCCCCUCCUCCGCCUCCUCUGCCACAGCCUGGAGCCCGUACCUCGUCUCCCUGUCCCCCGCCAGGAGCUAUGGGUUCUCCACAACCCCACGCAGCGACCCACGAUGUGGUUCCCAAGAGGCAUUACCCUGCAAACUUACCCCCUAUCAGUGACGCACGCAGUGUGCUGCUAGAAGCCAUCAGAAAAGGUAUCCAGCUUCGGAAAGUAGAGGAGCAGCGGGAGCAGGAGGCUAAGCACGAGCGCGUUGGAAAUGAUGUGGCCACUAUUCUGUCCCGACGCAUCGCUGUCGAGUACUCCGACUCUGAGGAUGAGUCUGAGUUUGAUGAGGGGGACUGGAUGGAGUGAUGAAGGGCUGCAAUAGUGGACAGUGAUUGCCCUGUACGCCCUUGGCAUGGCCCCUCAGUAUGUCGCAUCCAUUACAGAUAGAAGGACACUCUGUUGACGGCCUCUCCUCUGUGGAGCUUUUAUUGUCAUCUGUCUUGAUGUGCUUUGUGUUGAGGAGACUCCCUGUGCCCUUGGUCUCCUUGGUGUCUAAAAGAUUUCUGCACUACAACACAACUUUAUCAUGGCUUUCUUCAUGAUGAAAUCCUACUAACUCUUAAUAUACAUGAAGAUUUAGGUUUGAAGGCCCAUUUGUUUUGGUUUCAUGUCUGUGUGUCUAUAUUUAAAAAAAGACUUGACAAAGGAAAAUUGAAGGCAUGUUGCAACUUUCCUUUCACAGCACAUUGCCCUCUUGUGGCGGGUGAUGGCAUUACGAGUGCCGUUUUAAGUUUUUUACCUUUUUAUUUGGUUACAGAAUAUGGUUGAAAUGGGCCAGUAAUUUACACAAACAAGAUCAGCUAAGAGUAUUUCUAGUUGAGCUGUCAUGCUUGUUAUCAAGAUUGACUUUGUCACAAAGAAACAAGCAGAAACAGGAUUGUGUCAAUGUGGCGGUAUGUUAUUGUUGUAUGAAUGAGAAUGAAGGAGCAUUUCAUGGUUGCUGUGGCCAUAUACAUGUGCAUAUUCCCUCACCUGGGUCAAUUUGAGUGUAAAAUGCAACUGAAUGGAGUAGCUAUUUUCAUUGAUACAUUUUUCACAGCAAAUCGGCAUACCAGGUGUUAAAUCGUUACAUUUCUCAUCUCUGAACUUGAAACUGAAAUAGGUAAUUUACACAUUUCUUUGUAUUUUUUUUUGUUUUGAUAAUUAUGGCAAAAAGACUGGUUAUAAAAUUCUGCAAAUUGUCUCUGCUAUAAAGCUAAUUCAUGACAUUGAAUUGAUGAAUAUAAAAAUACAUGUACCAAGUAGCAAAUUUCUUUUUUAUUUGUACCAUCUUCUCUAAUGUUUUGAAAUUUGAGAUGCAUCUCAUCCUAAAUCAAAAUAAGAUUUUUUUCCACAAUACCUAAGUGUGCUUCAUGAUGCAUACUAAAAACAUUUUACAACAUUUACCAACUUAUUCAGAUUACAUCGUGUAACACACAGAGAUUGUUUUGUUUUUUUUGUCAGUGUGGGAUGGUGUUUUCUGGUAUGCUAAUCUUGUCAUUAAACUAAUCCUGAGCCAUGUUUUUCUACCCUACUAAGCUCUUAUCCUUCGAUGCCAUUAUUACAGAGAGAAGAGAUAAGAUGCAGUAGAUACACAUGUGAUUUCUUUCCAACUUCAAUGUCUGACACUUGGAUAACAGAUUAUUUCUCCAUAACUAAUCUGACCAAUACCACUCAGUAUCCGAAGGCAGCUCCUCCCCCAGAUCCCCUUUACCGCUAACACCAAACUUCUGGUUAAAAAUAAACAGUUUUUCAGCGUGAAACUGCCUUGAGGCUGUGACAAGAAAAUGAUGCAUAAAUAGGCCUUGUUUUUGGCUCAUUUCAAAAGAAAAUGUCGGCCAUAUCUUGUUCGUUCUUUCUUCUUCUUGCCUUAUUGUUCGUAUUGUUGAGUUGAUGAAUGUAAUUGUGCUGUUACUACUUAACUUGCCUGCGCUUGUAUGGAUUUGCUGUUUCUAUGUUCGGGGGGGAAGAAAAGGGAUACAAUGAGACAGAAACCAUUGUUUAAACAAAAAAGACAGAGGUUCAAAACUGUAAACUCUGUAACUUAUGUAACUGUUGACUGUAACAGUUUGCCUGAAUUAAAAAAACUAAUGUUCAGUCUUCUCAA